GCGCGGCGGGGCAGGGGGCAGAUGCCCGCGGUGCUGAGGGCGCGGAGUGGGGCUGUGUGGUACCGCCAUGUUGUUUUCCCGCUGUCCGUCCUCUAGCCGAGCACGUCAGUGCUUUCAUGCUCUGAAGCUCAUAAAGAGGGACUGCCUUCCGUCGCUGCAUACAGCAGGAUGGGCAUCCACUGCUGCUGUGCCUCGUAUAACCACACAUUAUACCAUUCAUCCUCGGGACAAAGACAAACGAUGGGAAGGGAUAAACAUGGAAAGAUUUGCAGAGGAAGCUGAUGUUGUCAUUGUUGGAGGAGGCCCUGCAGGUCUUUCUGCCGCUAUUCGUCUCAAACAGUUAGCUGCUGAGCAGGGCAAAGAAAUACGUGUCUGUCUGGUGGAAAAGGCAUCUCAGAUUGGUGCACAUACCCUGUCUGGUGCUUGUCUUGAGCCACGAUCCUUAGAAGAACUCUUUCCAGACUGGAAGGAGCGGGGGGCUCCACUUCAUACUCCUGUAACUGAAGACAAGUUUGGAAUUUUAACAAAGAAAUCUAGAAUUCCAGUACCAAUUCUGCCAGGACUUCCAAUGGUUAAUCAUGGGAAUUACAUAGUACGUCUGGGACACUUUGUGAGAUGGUUGGGUGAACAAGCAGAAGCACUGGGUGUGGAGCUGUAUCCAGGCUAUGCAGCUGCUGAGGUUCUUUUUCAUGAAGAUGGUAGUGUGAAAGGAAUAGCAACUAACGAUGUAGGCAUUCAAAAGGAUGGAGCACCUAAAGCUACUUUUGAACGAGGCUUGGAACUCCAUGCUAAGGUCACUGUCUUUGCUGAAGGCUGUCAUGGACAUCUAGCCAAACAACUGUACACAAAAUACAAUCUAAGGGAGAAAUGCCAACCCCAGAGCUAUGGCAUUGGGUUGAAAGAGUUAUGGACUAUUGAUGAAAAGAAAUGGAAACCAGGAAGAGUAGAACAUACCGUAGGCUGGCCUUUAGACAGACAUACCUACGGAGGAUCCUUUCUUUAUCACUUAAAUGAGGGUGAACCUUUAGUUGCUCUUGGAUUUGUGGUUGGCUUAGAUUAUCAAAAUCCCUAUUUGAAUCCGUUUAGGGAGUUUCAGAGGUGGAAGCACCAUCCUACUGUAGAACCUACUUUGGAGGGUGGAAAAAGAAUUGCGUAUGGUGCCAGAGCGCUGAAUGAAGGUGGUCUCCAGUCAAUACCCAAGCUCACCUUCCCAGGUGGAUUGUUAAUUGGUUGCAGUCCUGGACUCAUGAAUGUGCCUAAGAUUAAAGGGACACAUACUGCAAUGAAAAGUGGCAUAUUGGCUUCAGAAGCCAUCUUUAGCCAAUUAACCAAUGAAAAUCUCCAGUCAAAGACAAUAGGACUUGAUGUGCAAGAAUACGAAGAGAACCUGAAGAAGUCCUGGGUCUGGAAAGAGCUGUACUCAGUUAGAAACAUCCGACCAUCCUGCCAUAGCAUGCUUGGUGUGUAUGGAGGGAUGAUUUACACAGGUAUUUUUUAUUGGCUGCUCAGAGGAAAGGAACCAUGGACAUUAAAACAUCCAGGAUCAGAUUUUGCUCAGCUGAAGCCAGCCAAAGACUGCACACCUAUUGAAUACCCAAAGCCUGAUGGAAAAAUCAGUUUUGAUCUCCUGUCAUCUGUGGCUUUAAGUGGCACAAAUCACGAACAUGACCAGCCUGCUCAUUUGACUCUGAAAGAUGACAGCAUCCCUGUGAGCAGGAAUCUGGCUGUAUUUGAUGGACCAGAACAAAGAUUUUGCCCAGCAGGCGUUUAUGAAUAUAUUCCUCUGGAAACAGGAGAAGGAUCAAGACUGCAGAUAAAUGCUCAAAACUGUGUCCACUGCAAAACAUGUGAUAUUAAAGACCCAAGUCAGAACAUUAACUGGGUAGUGCCCGAAGGUGGUGGAGGACCAGCUUAUAAUGGGAUGUAAACAGGCAGAAAACUUUUCUGUGACUUCUGAUCAACCAGCAGCUAGGUUGGAGUAUUUUCUGCUGAAGUGUAAAGUACAGCACUGAUUUGAAUGUUUCAGUUUGAGACUAAUGUGCCAUUCUCAAUUUUAGGUAUGACCAUUGCAUAAAACAGAAAGUGAGUGUGCUCUGGUUAUUCAAAUAGAACAACUUAUUUAAAUAGAACAACUUUUCAGGAGUCUUGUGGCAGGCAGAAGAAAGUUAUUCUCUGGACUAACACAUGAACUUGGCAUCUUAGAUAUGCUGCUGAAAUUCAGUGUUGAUAGGAGCCAUAGCUGAAGUCAUUGGUUUGCUGUGGUGGAAGAGUCUAGUGACUAUCCUUAAAAAAAAAAAAGAGCCUUUCUCUGUCUACCUGAAGUGCUUUACUUGUAAUCCUACCUCACAGUAGGGGAAAUACAUUAAUCUAGAAAACUGUCACUGUUUGUGUUACACAUUUUACAUAAAAGUUAGAUUUGUUUCUGUUUUUCUUCCUGAUGAUGAUGGGGAGCCCAUCUGCAAUACAGUCUGCAAGGAGGUUUAACAAAUGCUUAAUAGUUCCACCCCGUGAUGUGUGCCAGCACUUGUUUCUUGCAAGGAAUCAGGUCUGCACUAAUAAAGAAAGAAAAGGAAAAAAAAACCAAAAAA